UUAUCUGAAAAAAGUAAAUAAUUUUAAUAAAAAAUCAGAAAAAAAAAUUUUAAAGAAAAAAUCGGGAACGAACGUCGGUAUUUCGGUAUAUCGUUUAAGAAACUCAUUGUGUGUGUGAAAAAUUGCAUGGGAUUACACCGCAAAGAUUGCAAAUGAUUUUUCAGUGAUUAUGAACAGAAGUUACGACAAAUUGUAUGAAAAUUGUGCACGCUACUGGUUAAUGAAAAUUCAGUGUCCGCCAUUUUAAACAUCGCCAUCAAAAAGGUGAAAUCUGAAAUCGCAGUUUAAAUGUUGUGUGUGAAGAAUCUAAUCUAAAUAAGUGAUUAUCCUAAUUGGAAAUUAGUGAAAAGUGUUAAACGAUGAAAAUGCAGUGUUUAUCGCAACUAUGACGCAUCCGAAUCAUUUAACAAACGGCGCUAGUUUGGAGGAUUGCCAUACAAACUUUUUUGCCUUGACCGACCUUUGCGGCAUCAAAUGGCGUAAGUUGGUACUCGGCGAACGGCCAAACGCAUCUAGUGAUCCAUUAGAUGAUCCGGUGCUACGCUCUUAUUCACGAUGCUUAGCCGUCGAUAUUUUAUGUGUUUGGCGACGGGUGGCCGCACCAAAACCGGAACCAGAUCAACCUGGAAAUUUAUUCGAAUUAAGUCUAAGUGGCACUGGCAGUGUCGUUCAUCCACCAUUAUCACUAACAGCUGCUAAAGAACUGUGGAUAUUUUGGUAUGGUGAAGAACCAGAUUUAACUGAUUUACUUGCACCUGAACUUCUGAAAUCAUCGGAAGGCGGACAAGGAUCUUGGGAAAGUGGAAUAACUUAUGAAUGUCGUUCUCUGCUCUUUAAAGCAUUGCAUAAUUUAAUUGAACGAUGUCUUCUAUCAAAAGAUGUCGUACGACUCGGCAGGUGGUUCGUGCAACCUUGCUCGAAUCGAGAGUGCACAUUUGGCAAAAGCUCGCAUCACCUGUCCUUUUCGUUUGCAUUUUUUGUGCAUGGCGAAAGUACUGUCUGCGCAUCAAUGGAUCUGCGUGUUCAUCCGGCUGUUCGGCCAUUAACACCCGAAUACCUGGCUGAAUCCGGUCAAACGAAUAACAAUGAAACAAAACCGAAACCGGUCAUAUUGGCACCAUUCGGUCUGGCAGCUACACUAACCGGUCAAAGUUUCCGAGCACUCGAUCCGAUCACGCAAAAGGCGUUUGAUGAUUGGUGCUCAUUUUAUCCGUUGUGCAAUAAGGAAAACUCAAAUCUACCACCGAUGGUCGAGGUGCUAUCAGGUGGUGUUAAAAUGCGCUAUCCAUCCAAAUAUGUACUAAUCACCGAUUUGGAUGAUGAAAAUUAUGAUGUGAAAAGUGCGGUUACGCCACCGGUACCAAUAUCCGAGAAAUCAAUCAAUGAUCUUGGAAAUGCGGUUACAAUGCACACAUUACCACCGCCAUCAGCUAAAGUACCAGAAAGAGCCUGGCAAAACUGCAUAUCGAGUCCGUUGUCAUUGUCGAAUCCGAUAAAGGAAGAAAACUGUUCCACCAGUGAAACGAAUUCGUUUUGGAACUUUAUUGAUCCAACCCAUAAGGCGACUUGUGUUUGUGCAAAGUGUAGAAAACUGUGUGGCCGUACAACAGCACCCAGUAUGAAACAAAAUAGUAGACCUGACAAAGGUAACCGUACCAAUCGUGUACCAUUCCACAAGCGACAACCCCAACAUAAUCUGUCAACCAUAUUUGCGACAAAUGGUAGCUCCUCUUCUGUCCACACCAAUCAAUCAACGAAACCAACAUCAACAUACAUAACCAACAAUCCCAGUUGUACCACUUCUCCAACCACAUCAACGUCAACCAGCAACAGCAUUGAUUCCAUUGUUGCUCCUCUGUCAACUGCCAGUCAAAGGUCAACUGGCGGUAGCACACCGCAAGGAGGAUCACUAUCGUACUCUCGAAACCCAAACUCUAUACCUGAAUCUCUACCAGCGAUACCGUCGGUUGGUUCACCGGGCAGCGCAGGACCAUCACCACAUCCGAACUCGUCAUUGUCUCAACCUACGUCUGUGCCGCCAGCCGAUCAAUUAAUGCCAGUGAUAUCACCGAUCCCACCACCGUCAAAUAUUCAACCUUCCACUCCCAUUGAACAUCUCGACAAAAAUACUCCGGCUGCAACGCCAACUGAUCCACAAGAUAGUAAAAGCACAACAGCGUCUCCGUAUGUGGCUCCGGCGCCUCUAAGUGUCGAACCACCAUCCACCAAUAAUGCCAAUAGCAGCAGCAAUUGUAACAACGGCAACAGUGCCACCGAUCAAGUGAAAGUGAAUAAUGAACCAAACAUUCAGACCAAUGCAAAUGUUACGACAAACAUGAACAAUAGUAACAGUGACGGUACUAGUGUUAGUGGUAACAGUGGUAAUAGCAGUGGAAAUGCUAAUAGCAGUAGUAGCACAAUGAAUCCAGAUUUGAAAAACAUUUUGUCGUUGCUGAAGAGACCAGUUUUAACGUCACGAGAUUACGAAAACAUCAUCGACGAUGAUUAUAUGCCGCAUCAAUUAUUAUAUGACUACUCGACGUGGGACGCAUGGAUGAAUCAUCCAGUUAAACGAUUUAAACAAAAUGAAACAGCAUCGCAAAACAAAAAUCGACACGUACGAGACUUGUACGCUAACGAAAGGAACCACCAGCCCGAUUUUCCAACCACCCUGACAACAACUUCUGCUAUAGCUGAAACCAAUAUUAAAACUGAACCAAUGGCAACCGAUGAGUCCGAUACAACCUUAAGUCACGAAGUGAAAAAAGAACCCGUUGACGAUGACGGUAAAACAUCUACCGAUUUAUUUACUGUGGUUGGAUUGCAACCAUCAUACAAAGAUUUGGAUCAACUGUUCGAAGAAGACAAUUCCGGUUCGUCGCCAUUAGCUAUCCAAGUCAAUACGCCACCGGGCUCAAACAAAUCCACGACCGGCGUUGAGGACACAAAAAAGAUGUUCGUUUCGAAUAGUGCGCACACCGGUAUUUUUCGUCCAGAAGAAUUGUCAAAAAUGUUUCCCACACCUCCAAGCCUAGAACAUCAUCCGAAUUCGAGUCCAUGUGGUGCUGGAUUGUCGGACCAUCAAUUGGAUCUGCUUGAUUCACCAAACUUAGGCAGUCCGAUUGAUGAACCAAUCGAGGAUUGGUCUUACGUCUUCGUACCGCCGACAAUUAAUAAAUUUGUCGGCUCUUCCAAAUAUGCUCCGUUAACGAAUCUACCCAGCCAGUCACAGCCUAUGGUGACUCUUCCUCCAAAUAUAGUUUAUAAACCUUCGUGGCAGCAACAACAUAAUAUUGCUGCCAGCAAUAACAAUAAUAACAAGAGCACAACCAACAACAACAACAACAACAAUGUGAAUAGCAAUAUUUCUGACAAAAUUCAACAAUCUCCUCACCCAGUACAACUUCAACAACAGCAGCAGCAGCAGCAACAAUCGACACACCAACAGCAAAUGAUGAAUUUACCGCCAUCUGGUGGUAUGCUAACACCGAAUUCCCUAUCGCGCCCAUCAUCCGUCACACCAAUACCUAUGCCAAAUAUGAUGAAUUUCGUCGGUCCACCGGGAAUGAAUUUGAAUCCUAUGCAACACGCCAUGCGAUCUGAUAUGUCCCCGAUUUCUCCAGCAACAGCCGCUGGUCACUCCUAUGGACCAAAUGUUGGCGGAAGUCCAAUGCAGUAUUCUAGACGAGGUCUUUUACCGCCUCCCCCACCAUAUGAAAUAGCCGUUGCCAGUCCCGCAACGUCAACAUCAUCGUAUCUGAACAAGCAAUUCAAUUCACAUGAACCACCGACACCGACAGUGAGUCGAAUACCUGAAGCGAAUGCUUUACUGCUUAACAUACUGUUGUAUGACACGGCAUUAAAUGUGUUCAAAGAUCACAAUUUCGACAGUUGCACGUUGUGCGUCUGCAAUGCUGGGCAUAAAUGUGUGGGAAAUAUACGUGGAUCUGAUUCCGGAGUUUAUUUAGCUUUGCCAGGCCAUACGUUGGAUCCGUCGUCACUGUACACCACAAACAAUUGCAGUUACGGCGGAUAUGGGAUUGAUUCUCCGGCUGGUGUAAUGGCAACGAAUCACAAUGCUGGUUACCUGGAUGAAGAUCCCGUUAAAUGUUCGUGCGGUUUCAGUGCCGUGGUUAACCGCCGAUUGGCUCAUAGAUCUGGACUAUUUUAUGAAGACGAAAUGGAAAUAACAGGCAUGGCUGAAGAUCCGUCGAACUACAAACGAAACUCACAAUUUGCUCAUUUGCUGGGCGUCAUUGUAAAGUCAGACAGUUCGACGAAUGAUCGAGAUUCGAUCGACACUCUUUCCCAUGCGAUGAUGGAUCUGUUGCAAGAUCAAUGUGCGCUUAUUCAAAGUUCAAGCAAUUCAAUACAACGAGCUAUUCGAUGUUUCCGUAGCUUGAGCACAUCUGGCAGUACGACCAACGCUCUCAUCAAUAUGCUUGAGUACACCGAUGCGCAAGACAUCAUUUGCCUAGCCUUGGAUCAAAGUCGAAUGGUUUUCGAGAGUCAGUUUCAGAAUCGCUUAGAAUUGAUGAAACCGUUCAAAUAUGGCGUUAGUGUGCACAAAUGGCCGUACGUGAAAGCAAGCGGUCCGCGAAGUAAUCGAGAUAUUGUACGUGUGAUGAAAUCAAUGCGACCGCUACUGCAAGACGCUUUCCAUAAGAAAUGUACGACACGGUUGUGGGAUGCUCCAUACACGGUGCAAGGUCCAUUGACUUGGCGACAAUUUCAUCGAAUGGCUUCGUCCAGUUCAGGACAAUGUGAACCACAACCGAUACCUUCAGUCGUUGUUGGUCAUGAAAAAGAUUGGCUCUCUGUGUCUCCGUAUGCCAUCCAUUACUGGGACAAAUUAAUGUUGGAACCGUAUUCAUAUGCCAGAGACGUUGCAUACAUUGUUAUCGCGCCCGAUAAUGACUACGUCGUCGGCAAAGCGAAAACAUUUUUCAAAGAACUUAGUACAACUUAUGAAAUGUGUAAGCUCGGCCGUCACAAUCCAAUCAAAGGUUGGGAUGGUGUUCUACGUGUAAACAGUAAAUCAACUCGAAACGAGGGACUCGACGAGUGGUUUUCUUCGUUGGGCGAAACUCGUAUCAGUGAACUGUUGAAAAUGUACGCACAGACAUGCCAACAGCAAUUAGUUCCGUAUUUGAACAAAAUUCCAUCCGAUAAGAGUUUGUUGGAUCCACCAGAAGGAAUGAACACGAGCAAUUCGAGCAGUAAAGAUCGUUCAUUGCCAAGUCCGAUGCGACCACCUAGUACACCUGAUUCAUCCCAAACGAGCGACAAAGCUCCGAGUACACCUAAAUCAUCAGAUGUUGAUAUGGAAGCUCAACGCGAAUCUCUCAACAACUCGGCAACUCCACCGUCAACGGCCGAACCACUGGGCAUUAGCAAAGACGAAGUUAAUCCGCCAUGCAUUGUCAUCUAUGUUAUCGAUCCUUUUUCCAUCGGUUAUGAUUCUCAAGAGGUGGAACGAUUGGCAUGUUUGGCACUGUUACGCUGUUACUCCAACAUACUUAAUUCGAUACCCGAAUCGGUACGGAGCAACAUCAAUUUCCAAAUUAUUUCCAUGGAAAGUGUAAUGGAAUUGGGACGCAAUCGUGACCGGCUUCGGGCGAGUGAUGAAAUGCGAUGCUUAGCAUUGAGUGUAUUUUCGCAAUGUCGACGUCAUUUGACGCACAGUGCUAAUGUUAAAAGUUUAACCGGUUUCGGGACAGCCGCUAACAUGGAAUUGUUUUUGAAAAACAAAGACGAAAAGAAUCGAGCUGCGUACAAAUUGUAUACGCCACCGUAUAUAUUGUCGGGACGACAUGAGAAAAGUGAAAAUACCGAAACGUUCGGCACGACCAGCAUCGAACAGCAAUCGUCUGUAAUGUAUUGUAGUUACUGUUUGUCAGAAGAUCAACGAUGGUUGCUGGCUGUAGCAACUGAUGACAGAGGGGAACUGUUAGAAACAAUUACGAUCAACAUUGACAUUCCAAACAGACGUCGCAGGAAGAAGGCUUCAGCACGUCGAUUGGGACUUCAAAAGUUGAUGGAUUUCAUCAUUGGUGUUAUAUCACAGAGUGGACAACCAUGGCGUAUCGUUGUUGGUAGAAUCGGUCGUAUUGGACAUGGAGAAUUGAAAGGCUGGAGUUGGCUACUGAGCAAACAAAACUUAUUGAAGGCAUCGAAGCAGUUGAAGGACAUCUGCGAACAGUGCUCGUUAAUGCAUCCACACACCGUUCCGAGCAUUUUGAGCGCAUGUCUUGUUACACUGGAACCGGACUCCAAUCUACGUGUAAUGCCUGAUCAAUUCACGCCGGAUGAACGAUUCAGCCAGAUUUCGAUGCAGUCUCCGUUAUCAACGCCACAGGAUGUUACCUGUACUCACAUUUUGGUGUUUCCAACUAGUGCUAAAGCUCAGUCAUCUCAAUCUGCGUUCCAUGAGCAACAUAUUAAUGGUUUCGGUCUGGACGAAGAGGAACUUUUUGAUUUGGGUGAUGGUGAUGAUGGUAUGGACGAUGUAAAUAUGAACGGUUUCGAUGAUAUAUUCGGACAAGAUUUUGACAACGAAAUUCAAAUGCCUCAAGCGAGUCCGGAACGAUCAAGGAUUGGCAGUCCCGAAGACAAUGGAAGUCGACAAAGUCCCAGUCGAGGCGGUGCUAAUGGAGGUGGGGGACGCAAUACACAUUCACAGCAGGAAGAAGAGGUCGGUCAAGUCCUUCAGCAACCCUUAGCCUUAGGAUACAUGGUUUCAACCGCUCCAACCGGACGCAUGCCAACGUGGUUCUGGUCAUCGUGUCCGCAUCUGGAAAACGUUUGCCCCGUUUUCCUAAAAACCGCCUUACAUCUGCACAGCCCAUCGAUACAACAAAAUACGGACGACAUUUUACAUCAAAAUCAAUCAUCCGCCACCGAUCAUCCAUUGGAUUCGACAUUUACGGCCGACGUGCUACGUUACGUGCUGGAAGGAUAUAACGUACUGUCAUGGCUGGCUAUGGACUCGAAUACACACGAUCGGCUGUCUUGUUUGCCCAUACACGUACAAGUGUUGAUGCAAUUGUAUCAUAUGACCGCCGUGAUGGCAUAAAUUCGAUAGGGAAAAAAAUGUUUAACAAAAGUGACUAAGUGCUGUCGUCGAUAAAAAAGAGAAUGAUAAAUCUAGAGGAAAGUUAAGUUAAAAAGAAAGAAAGAAAGUAAGAAACAAAACAUGAAGCGAUUAAGAAAUGAGACAGGACUGAAAGGUAAGUCUUAUAGACAAAUUUUUAUAUUUUGUAAAUUUCAUUAUAAUUUUGCAAUAAUAUCAGCAACAUAUAAUAGAUAAAUCUCCUAAACAUGUAACACAGUAAUUAGCAACCUACAAUAGUUAAACUAAAAAAAAGGAAAGUAAUGCUCUUCUAUUUACAUUUUAUAUAUAUAAAACAUAUAGCAAAUAUUGUUCUUAUAUAAAUCCUGUCUCCUCUCUCUCUCUCUCACACACUCUCGUUUUGCUACCACUCAUUACAAAAACCACCCGGUGACAAAUUAAGUUAAAAUUGCUUCCAUAUAUUUGUUUAAAAAAAAAUGCUAAAUUUAACCACAUCGAAUGAAACAGAGUUUCGCGCACGUCUUAACGGUUAAGUUUCCCACUUUCCAUUUUUUUUUUCGUUUUUGUGCAAAUGUUAAAAAGUUUGCGUUUUAUUGUUUCUUUUUCUCCAAAUGAAGGCAAAAUGUUUCUUAAACGCUGAGUGGAAGAAAAUGACGGCCUCUUCUUCAGAUUGACUGUGAUAUUAGUUGUAUGUUUUCUUGAAUAAAAAUAUUGAAAAUAAAUUUAAAUUAAAGAAGAAAAAAAUAAGAAAAAUAAGUUUGAAAAUACAAUUAAAAAACAAAACAAAUGGGGCUCGGAACGGUUCACAUUCAGGUCAUACAAAAGUAUUUCAUUCGCCCCCUAUACAAAACUCGGUAAUGGUAGCUUGCAUGCUUUCUUCAUUUUGUGUCAGAACGUGUCUAAGGUUAAAAUCGAGCGGCGAAUAAACGUAAGGACACUCGAAAUAGUUAUUUUUCCAACACAUGAUAAAAUACCUUUUCAGCGAAUGAUAUUUUUCCACCACAAGCCGGACGCAAAUUCUUGAAUCGAAUUCGUUAAAAAACGCCUUUCAGCAUAAGUUAGAACAUCGUUUUUCCUAAACGACGUCGGAAAUAUCACGACUUCGUGCUGGAAAUGGUUAUUUAUGACAUCGAGUGGUUUGUUAUGCUCUAGAUGUGUAAUUAUGACACGGACCGCACCUAGGUUGAUACAACGAUUUAUGCAACAGAUGCAUCUAAAGUUUGUAAUAAAUGAUGCUGAAUUGCAUUAUAGUAUUUUAUGACAUCGCGGAGUACUCUAUUAGGCUCCAGAUGUGUAAUUAUGAAGGCCGUGUGUCAUAAUACACAUCGUGAGCCUAAUCAAGUACUUCGCACCGAGAUUCAGUUUUCAAACAUUAUGAUCUCGAGUUGCAUAAAUAAUAUUAAAGAACUAGUGCGGUAAAGUAACAUAUGCAAAAAUGAGGAUCAACUGAUGCUAAUAAAAUCUUGUCCAUACAAUGAAUCUUAACUGAAAUACGAUGUUGGCUUCGUCUCGGGUUGACAAUCUUUUGCCGAAAAUUUCCAUUUAGGCACAUGUUGGGAAAAUGGCUACUUUGGAAACGCUUUGUGAAAACGGAUUUUUUUUUUGAAGAAAAUCUUCAAAUUCACUAUAGUAUAGGGUAAUCAAUUUUUUUUUCACAUUUUCGGAUUAUUCACGGAUGCAAACAAAUUAAUUGCCCUUUCCUUUAAAAUUACCUUUACAAAUACAAAAAGUUACAAAUACUUACAAUUAUUAAACAUAAAGCUUGUGCAGAAUCAUCGAAAACAUCAAAGGCAAGCUACAUACAGUGCAUACAUAAGUUAAGGUCAUAUGUGUGCGCACAUAACACGUAUGACUGUAGUAAACUCGUUGUAUAUUAUACAAGAAGAGUAUAUUUGUUGAUCAGCUGGUGAAGUUCAGCUAUUACUGAUUCUGCACAAGCUUUACGUUUAAUAAUUGUAAAAGUUCAAACCUCUGAGAUUCCAAGAAAAUUCCACGACUUUUUUGUAUGCAAUCCUUGAAUUCUCAAAUUUAAGCCGAAAAGUCAAUUAGAAGUUCAACCAUCAACCUGUUAGGUGUCAGACUGAUUUUAUCUGAAAUACGUUCCCUAACGAAAGAAUACCCGCUUACACACACAACAACUGCGAAUUAUAUCAUCUUUGAACUAUCCCAGAAUUCUCUACAAUCCGAUUGAGUUAGUUUUGCAUGACCUGAAGUUGACCCGUUCCGAGUCUUAAAAACAAUUAAGUUAUUAACGAACAGUAAUUAUUGAUCUGGUUAAAUAAGGACACUUUUGCUAAAGCUAUAAAAGAAGAGAAAGAAGAAAAAGCAAAACAUUUUUUAAAUAUUUGAAAUUAGGACCACACUGUAAUGUUAACAUAUUAAAUUAAUUAACUAAAAAAGAAAAUCUAAAACACACAAAAAAUGAAAAAGUAAAAAAUAUUUAAUGAAAAAAAAAUCAAAUUAAGAUGACAAAAGGAACAAAAGAUAUAAAUUGACGUGAGGCACGCGUUAGGUUUAAUGAUUUUUUUAGGAAAGCAAAAUUCAAAAGAAUUUUUUUAUUAUUAGACGGUAAUUAAUUGUUGUCAAUUGUUGUGAUAAAAAUUUUCAUUUAAUUUUAUUUGACCGCGAAUAUUAACUUGUUUGGCAACGAAAGCAGUUUUCUUUUCUGAUGCAUCACAGUGUCAUGACAAAACGAGGAUCGAAAUUGAUUGCCAUAUGGAGUGGAUUAGUGUUAUCGAACAUUUUGCAACAGUUUAAUUCAAUAAACUU